AUGAAACACUGUUCCACACCGUUUGUGUUUUAGUUUUUGUUCAGAUUUUGUAAUCCGACACCCACAAAUGCUACAUACAUUCCAACACACAUUAGAUUCGAAAUUCCAUUCAGCAAAACUUUAGAGAUACCGUCAAAAUAAAAUAGAAAAAAAAACAAAAAUCCAAAAUUCGAUCAACACCGAUUUGCAAUCACAUCAAGCGGAACUUUCACAGCGACAAAAGUUAUCCCGAGAACGAACGAAUAAACCCAUCCUCUCUCCCUACCACAAAUCCACCUCGCAAUUCCCCAAAAAGGGUAUGAUCGAGCCGGUAUAGCCAUGCUAACACUCCCUUCCAUCCUUCUCGUCACACAGUGAGAAAGCAAAAGGACGAUAUGCAGGUCAAUGUCGCGGGUCUACGCCGAAAUAUCAAGAACCUUGCGCACAACUACUCCGAUGCUCAGGUCAAAGUGCGUGAGGCCACCUCCAAUGACCCAUGGGGUCCAUCGGCCGCCAUUAUGGGUGAGAUAGCGGAUCUCACCUACAAUGUGGUGGCCUUCUCCGAGAUCAUGCAGAUGAUAUGGAAGCGUCUCAAUGAUCACGGCAAGAACUGGCGCCACGUCUACAAGGCACUCAUACUGCUGGAGUAUCUGAUCAAGACCGGCACAGAGAAGGUUGCUCAGCAAUGCAAGGAGAACAUCUUCGCCAUCCAGACGUUGCGCGAGUUUGUUUACUUUGAGGAGGGCAAGGACCAGGGAACUCACGUCCGGGAGAAGGCCAAGCAAUUGGUAAACCUGCUCAAGGAUGACGAACGGCUCAAGAACGAGCGAGUCAAAGCACUGAAGGCCAAGGAGCGAUUCGCCCAGCAUCCAAGCGGUUUCGGUAGCGAUGGCUACAUAGAUGGACCCUCGCAGCGGGAUUUGCCACCAGGAUGGCAAGAGGAGCCGCCCAAGUCGGUCUCCGAGCUGGAAAUGGUUCGUCCGCAGACGGCUGGAGAGGAGGAACUGCAGCUUCAGCUAGCCAUGGCCAUGUCGCGAGAAGAAGCCGAGCAGGAGGAGGCCAAGCGCCGUAGCGACGAUGUGCGUCUCCAGCUGGCACUCAGCCAAAGCGAGCAGGACUUUAACGUGAGGGAUCACAACGGUCGUCCGAUUCCCGCACCCAAGAAGGAGGAGCCCCAGAGUCAUUUGCUGGAUCUGCUGGACAUUUCUUUGGGCGCUACCAGCAUCUCGAGUCCACCGCUGGGCGCUGCAGGCGGCGCCCCUGCUGCCAUUGUCGAUCCGUGGGCCACGCCCGGUCCACGAGCACCUAGCCAGUUGUCGGAUCCCUGGUCGGGAACCUCCUCGCCCCAGGUUGAUCCCUGGCAUCCCAAUGCUGCGCCACGUACCAUCAUGAGUAGCGGAGUGCCCAUGAGUUCUGCGGCACCGGGAGGAGCAUCUGGUGAUGCUUGGGGAGCACGCAACCAGUCGCCAUCAGUCGCAUCGGGCUCCUCCAACGAGGGCUGGCUGCAAACCAACGGCAAUGCCAAUCAGAAUGGACGUGGAGCCACUCCAGCGGGAGCUCCAGUUGAUGCCUGGAUUUCGAAGUCUACAGCAGGAGCAGCUUUGGCGGCUGCACCAGUCAACCAUCAUGCGGCAAACAAUGGCAGCUCUCCAGCGGAUCCAUGGCUGGCGGAACCAUCCGCUGCGGCAGGAGGAGGCGGAGGAGCUGGUGCUGCCGGUUCAGCAGAUCCAUGGGCGGGUGGAGCUGCACCACAGUCAGGAGCGGCAGCAUUGGAUGACCCCUGGAAAGCACUAGGAACAGGCGCCAUUAAGAAACCAUCCCCGGAAUUUGACGAGUUCGACUUGAUUACCAACCGAAACAAGAGCGAGCUAAGCAAUUCCAACGCCUCCAACAACAAUAACAACGCUUCUCUGCUCGAUGACAUGGAUCCGCUAUCGUCCAACUAUGGAAACGGCAGCAGUAUGCAUCCAUCAACGGGGGCCACUGCAAAGAAACCGCUGAAGGAUCCGCACUCAUUCCUUGGCGAGAACUCGGCGCUGGUUAACCUGGACAAUUUGAUCAAACCGAUUGCGCCGCAGACACAAACGGGAAAUGCUCCAGCCUACAAUCCCUUCAGCGACAACGUGAUGCCACCCAAGACGAAUCUAUUCCAGCAACAGCAGCCAGCCGUGCCGUCCAUCAACCAGCUGAAACAGCAGGCUCCCUUCGCAGUCAGCAUGAACCAGGAUCCUUGGGCACCUGUUAUGGGUGGCGUCAGUGCUCCUUCCCAGCCAAAACUUCCGCCUCCCGUGCGUCCGACCAGCCUCAAUUUGGGGCCCUCUUCCGUGGGUGAAUUUCAAUUGCUGAGUGCGUUUAGUAAUCCCAUCAUUCCCUCCGCCACCAUCAUCCCCCAGCCACAGACCAGUUCGCAGGUGUACAAUCAUCAAUACAACGGUCACAUCACCAGCUCAAGCAGCACCACCAGCACCAGCACCAUGUACAACCAUGUGAGUCCCAGUCCCGGCAUCGAUGGCAUCCGCAACAUGGACAUAUUCAGCGAGCGACCCUAUUUCAAUAGUCCAACAGCGCCAUCCGAUGAUUCCUACAAUAUGUACAAUAGCCCAACAAGCAUUAACAACAAUUAUGGAACUCCGGGAAUCUAUUCAAGCUAUGCUGCCACCUACAGCAGUGCCCUGUCCGAAUCCCUGGCUGAAACUCCGGGUGUCAGUGUUGCUCCCAUUGGUUUUGUGGACGAUCCUGCCUCCAGGUUCGGCACCACCUCAUCCGCUGCCGCCGGUCACUGCAAGCUGGAACAAAACAACAACAUGCCGUGGAUAAAGCCGGAAGGAGCUACAAACCCGUUUUUGUCGUAAACAUAAAAGUCGAUCAAUGAAGCAGGAGCAACAGAGAGGGAUCGUCAACUAAUCAAGGUCUGGCCGGUGUAUGGAGAAGCAACCAAUUUUAGCAGAGAGAUAUAUGAAUUAAUUAAUAAAUUAUGUGUAAGGAAGUAUUAUUAAACUGUAAAAUAUGUGAUGUACGUGAGAGAAAGAGAAACAGAGUAGAUCCAGCGAUAGGCAGUGAGGAAUCGAGCAGCCAAGAUGAGUGAAUAUAAGAACUCUGCCUGGAUUUCCCUUAGGAAGCUUGCAAAUUCAAACAUAACUUGCAAUAACUAAUCCAUGUAAACAAAAGUCCCCAGGGCCCAGCCACUCAACUGACUAUGAAAUUAUCCACCAUACGAUUUACAUUUUAAUUCCCACACUUUUAAUCCCUUUUAAGUUGAGUGCUGGACUUGGGGAUUAUCGAUCGAUCCUUAGUUGAGAUCCCCUGCUGUUUGAUUGAUUUGUAUCCUUGUUGAGGCGAUUACCAAAAACUAAAACGGGAUUCACAAAAAACGGCAGCGAAAUCCGAAAUCGAGUCCAAACGAGAGAUGCAAAAAUGAAAACUAAAAAAUUGUUAUAUAGCUUUAAAGAUUGCAUAAUUGGUAAAGAGAAAAAGUGUUGAAAACAAAUUAAUGUGUGCUUGUAAUUGUACAUUUUUUACGUUCUUAUAUUGUGAAAUUUAUUGUGCAUGUGCGUGUGCAAAAAACAAAAAAAAAUAACAAGAAUUAAAGGCUUUUGGCUAAAUCGAUUUUUAAACACACAUUUUGAAGAUUUUUGUCGAGUUUGCAGUUGAUUUGUGUUUGUGCAUUCGCUUUUGGUCCACCUUCAAGACACAAUGCAUACACGAGUUUGCUGUUGAACACUUUUACAUUAGCGACUAGUUUCAAA